AUGUUCCCUCCCAAUGGUUUACCACAUUCAGGAGAAAUUCUUCUUCUUACGGAUGAACUACCUGCCCCAGCUGAUUUCCUACUGCACCGCCACCUUGCCACUCACUUGAAGGAGUCCAGGGGCUCAAGAUGCCUACUGGUGUCUGUCUCUGAAGACAUAGGACGAUGGAAGGCGAUAGGUUCGCGAUCUACCUUAAACCUAGUGCCAUAUCUGGACUCGGGAGCCCUGACUUUUGUUGAUGCGAUGUCGCAUGUCUCUCCUUCUCUGGAUGAGAAGACGGAAGUGCCUCUUCAGGCGCUUUUCCGAGAGAUCAAGAUGAUCUUGACGCGCCUCUCAGCCGAGCCAGGGAGCGUAGUGUCCGUAAUACUCGACGAUAUAGCGUCCUUGGAGUGGAUGGGGAUUCCGGCUGCGGACACAACCCGUUUCGCACGCGCAUUGUGCGCGCUAUGUAGAAAGUCUAACGCCGCUUUGGUGAUCCGACACCAUAUCACGACACCCGGAGAACCGGACGACGUCUUCAAGCACCUUCUUCAGCUCUGCACGUAUCAUAUAGACGUAUUCCCGCUGUCAAGCGGUCGAAGCGGCAGUGUGAGCGGGCAGGUAGCGCUGCAUGGCGGCCCCGGAACCGCGGAAGCCGGCCACCGUCUCAUUCCACGGAGCGCUGCGGUCCUAUACCGGCUGACCGACGUAGGCAGCGUCUUUUUCGACAGAGGGACUGGAAGCGGUGUUCUAUAACCUUGAGGUGUUAUCAGAGCCUCAACGGCAUACUUCCCUGUCAGCCAGUGGGAGAGUGGCCACAAGGCGGUCGACUUCGUAAAACCAAUCCGAGUCACAUUACGAUUGUCUUCCAUUGUCGUAGCAAGACGUCAUCUUGUCCAACGGCCAUGCAUCGCCACAAUGCCAUGGUGUUUCUACGCUCCAAUUUUCGCGGGGAACGGCUCCCACGACUGGAUGCCCUUCAGGUCAUCCGAGCACGGCGAAAGCGUCACCUGUGUUAUCCGCGACAUCAGUCAACGAUAACAUCAAGAAAUACUGUCUAGAGGACGUACAUCCACGCCCUUUGCAGCACGUCCGAGUGUAAUGCAGUUCCCGUC